AUUUAGUCCUGCACUUUUUGUGUUGCAGGAUUGGAACAAACUUUGUUAGUUGUUCUUGCACAACUCUAAUGGUUUCCAUCUUUUCUUUCCUGGUCAACUACGGAAAUUCCAGGUGCGUUGCCGUUCUCCGUUUGUGCUCUUGAUCCUCCGGGGUGGUAUUAAGCUGAAGAUCCACCCGCUUGGGAAGCCAAGAAAGGGAAGAAGCAGCAGGCAAGCCAGGCUCAAGAUCAGAGGUAUUGUUGCUGCAAAUCUUCCAAAGCUUGUGACCUCCAUUGGAUACUGCAGGGAUUGCAACUGGAAAUCUCUUUAAUAUUCAUCAUUUUAUCGCAGGUAUUGUUGCUGCAAAUCUUCCAAAGCUUGUGGCCUCCAUUGGAUACUGCAGUUAGAGCUAAGAAAUCUUUUUCAGAAGAUUUCUUUCCAAGCAAAAAGAAUCUUUGACAGAAGACUGCCAUCCAUCAGAUUUCCACCAGUCUUCAGAACAAACUCAUUGUUUCAUUACAUGCUGGUUGAAUUGCUCAUGGCAAUGGAGACCGAUCAGCUUGUCGGAGACCAGCGGCCGAGGCGGCAGAGCAGGAGGCACGCGGUGAUCGUCUGCAGGCAGAACGCCACGAAGGGACAGCACCAGAAUGCGCCGUCACCGACGCCACCGACGAGCGGCCUUAGCACCGAGGCGUUUCUGGUGAUGGUCUGCGUCGCCGUGUCGCUGAUCGUGCUGCCGCUGGUCCUGCCGCCUCUGCCGCCACCGCCGUCGAUGCUGCUGCUGGUGCCGGUGUGCUUGCUCCUGCUCCUGGCGGCGCUGGCCACCUUCGUGCCUUCGGAUAUGAGGAGCAUGGCGUCCUCGUACUUGUAACUAUUUCUUUUGUAAUUGUUUUCAUUCCGGCUUUAUUUGUGUAUGCAUAAAAUGAGAGCAAGGAAUUUAAAAUAUUGUUUUUCCAGAAA